GUUAUGAUGCGGUGCCACAACACACAGCCACAUUCGGCUCCAGCCCGAGCCCCAGGGCCCCAUUCGCCCCCCAGCCGCGGUCCCCCGGCCCCCUGAGCCGGCCCCCUGCGCCCCGCACAGCCCCAGGGCGAUCCCCCUCCGCCGGAGGAGCGGCCGCGGGACGGACGGACGGGGCGCUUGGGACGAGAUUUCAAGGUGACUCCCCUUUCGGCCUGGUUCUCAUCUGGGGGGGCCCUGGCUGUGCAGCCCCCCCAAACUCUUCCCACCCUGAAACACGGCUCUAGCCAACCUGCUUCGCUGCUUCACCUGCGACCGACUGUGUGGGGGGUGCACAGCGCCCGCCCCCCCGCCCCGCCAGGGUAUCGCCCUCCAGCCUGUCAUGCCCAGCUGUGAGCCAGGGCCGCCCGCCGCCUGCCUGCCCACCAAGACCUUCCGCAGCUACCUUCCGCAUUGCCACCGCACCUACAGCUGUGUGCACUGCCAGGCUCACCUGGCCAAACACGAUGAGCUCAUCUCCAAGUCUUUCCAGGGGAGCCAUGGCCGAGCCUACCUGUUCAAUUCUGUGGUUAACGUUGGCUGCGGGCCGGCUGAACAGCGCCUCCUGCUCACUGGGCUUCACUCUGUGGCCGACAUUUUCUGUGAGAGCUGCAAGACCACCCUGGGGUGGAAAUAUGAACAGGCCUUCGAGACCAGCCAGAAGUACAAGGAGGGGAAGUUCAUCAUUGAGAUGUCACACAUGGUGAAGGACAACGGCUGGGACUGAGGGGGGGGAGGGUUUUGCAGCCGCACCCCCAGCAGCAUGGCCUCCCCCUCCCUGAUCACGCUGCCACAUUGCCCAUCCCAGCACGAGAACUCCCCUGCACAACGAUCGCCUUUCGGGAGCAGGGGAUCCGGGGAUCCGGGGCCCUCGCCCCACCCCCAGCACCAGGCAUGGACUGUGAGGCCAGCCUCGGGGUGGGCAUCCUGCUGGGCUCAGAGCCUGCAGGCACUGACCCUCUGCUAGCACUGUGGGGCACAGACACCUGGGAGCUUGACUCCCCCAAUCAGGGGGAGUAGGAGUGUCUCCCCCAUUAGCUAGAGCCUGCCCUGUGAGAUGGGGAGCAAGGAGACAAUUCCUUUGGUAUGGCGCUGAGGGGAACUGGUGGGGUGAGGGAGCUGAGUGCACACUCACCCCCGCCCUUGGUGUGGGGUUGUGACGGGAGAGACCAAGAGGAUCAAAGCUGGCCCCCUGGUGGGGGGCAUUAGCAUCAAAGAGCCUCCCUCCCACUCUUGGUGAUGAGGAUCAAAGCCAGCCCCCCUUGGCAUGGGGCUCUGGGGUGGAGGGGGGGGGAAUCAGAGUUGCCUCCCCCCCCCAGCAUGGGCAUGAGAACAGACUCAAAGCUGGCCCCCUCCCCAUGUGGGGCUCGGGGUGGGAAGGCAAUGGGAUCAGGGAAGCCACCCCAGCCAGAGACUCCGGGUGGAGUUGGGGGAGAGAAGGUAGGAGCUGGCCCCUCUGGCCUGGGGCUAAAGGGUCACCACAGACCCCACUGGACUGGGGCUCAGGGUGGGGUGGGGGGCAGAGAGGGUCAGAGCCAGGCCCCCUGGCCCCGGAAUGUGUGGGGGGAGGAGGAACAGAGUCCGGCUCCUGGCCUGGGGCUUGGAGUGAGGAGUUGGGGGGGUCAGAACUGGACCCCUGGCCUGGGGUGGGAAGGUUGGAGCUGGCCCCCUGGGCCUGGGGCUCAGAGUGGGGGAUGAGAAGGUGGGAGCUUCCGCCCUCAGAGCUGGGCCUGGGACUCUGCUGUUCAUGUCCCUGCUCCCGCAUCCCUCCCUUGGGCCUUCUUCUGCACUCCUUCAUGUCUGCUCUGGGCCACUUGGUUCUGUGGGUCGCCAUGCCUUGGUGAUCCCUGGGCACUGCCCAUCCUUGCCCCCUCAUCGCUGCCACGGGGCCCGGCCCAGGGGCUCCAACACUGUGGCACCAGCACCAGCGCACGCGGGUUUUGUAUUAUAAAUAAAGUUGUUUUUCUAGAA